AUGAAGUUGGCGGACGACUGCGGCUGGCGCUGCUCGGCGAUCCAGAAGACCAUCACGCAGGCGCGUAACCUACGGUUACACAAGAUGGGGUUUGGCGGGUACGGGCGAAGAGGCCAAGGGCCUCGCUACUACUACUACUACUACUACUUGCUGCUGCGGUCGACCUGUCGCGCGAUCGAGCCCGGGGCGCCUGUAUCGACGUCCAGGUUGGUGGAGACCAUGCACCCGCUCGCGACGGAGUGGCGGCGUCUCGAAGACCUCUUCCGGCUGGACUCGAUAGUGUCGACCCUCAUUGAACUCGUGCAUCCCCGAACGCUCGAUGUCGCCGAGCGCGUGAUCAGCGAUGUCCUGCGCGAGCUCGUGAAGGCACUGUGCGACUAA